AUGGCCGAGUCCAACCCGACGUGGGGCUUCCCCCGUCUGCGCCGGGCCGCGACCUCAUUUCCAGGAAAUCUGCAUCUGGUCUUGGUGCUCGGCCCCAGCGGUUUGUUAAGCUCCGCCCCCAGUCCGUCUUCAAGCACUGACCUCGGCUUCCGCUUCAGCCAGGAUGACUUCCUGUUAAAGAUGCCGGUGGUGAUGUUACGUUCUGUUGGUGACCUGCUGCGCUACAUCGAUGAACACCACCUGACAUCAGACUUCACUGCAAAAGUGGAGUACUGCCAAAGUGACUGGGUCCUCCUCCGUCAGGCCAUUGAGACCUUUGCAGUGACAGUGAAGAAGAUCGCCCAGCAUCUUCAGGGUUUUGGCGCAGAGCUUUCUGAAACCGACCUUCCAGAUGAAGCUAAUGCCAUCGAGUUCCUGCUGCACUCACACACACACCGAUACCGGCAGAUGAAGGACGAUAUCCGGAGCGUGCUGAAAGAAGGACGGCUGCUGCUGUCAAACCUGGAGACGGUCAAAGCCUCAAAGAGAGAUGUAGAGGCGGAGAGGGACUUAAAAUCAGACAUGGACACUGUUCAAAGGCUCCUGGCUCAGCUCAGAGACAUGGAGGAGGCGUUUGAUGGCUUCUUUGAGAAACACCACCUGAAGCUGCUGCAGUACCUCCAGCUGCUGCACUAUGAAAUGAGGUUCCAGCAGAUGGAGGAGGUGCUGGAGAGGAUCACUGCCAAAGAGGCGGACAUUGACUCUGUGGGAACAACUGUGGUUCAGACAGAGCAGCUGCUGAUGGACCUGGAGAUACUGGACGCAAACGCUCAGGAGGAGAUGGCUCAUGCCCAGGUGUUGAUCCUGCAUGGCCACCAGUUGGCGGCCAACCACCAUUACGCCCUGGCGCUCAUUGUCCAGCGCUGCAACGAGCUGCGGCAUCGCUGUGACCUCAUCACUGCUGCCGUACGCAUCAAGAGGGCCUCGCUCACCAGAGCACAAGACCUGCUGCUCCGCCUUGAAGGGGCCCUUCGGUGGUGUGACGAGGGUGCCUAUCUUCUGGCGAGUCAGAUGGUGGACAGGUUCCAAACCCGGGAGGGAGCUCAGGAGGCGCUGCAGUACCUCACCUAUCACCAGGAGAGGGCGCCGUCUGCAUUGAAGAACAGUCAGGACAUCGUCAGCCUGGAGCUGGAAGCCAUACUCACCCCACAGCUGCAGUCCCAAAUUUCCAUGGUGGCAGAGAAACUGAACUCGAUGCAGUCCAUGAUCAGAAACAGAGAGCAGUGUCUGAAGAAGCUGGCCGAUGUACAAAUCAGACCCAUUCAGCUGGUGGCCCCGAGGCCCGAACCCGAACAGACCUUGCAGCGCUGCAAGUCACCCCUCUUCUCCCCAAAACAUGGUGUAGACUUUAACGUCCUCAACUCCAAGUUCUCCUUUGACCUGCUACCUGGCAAACGAGCGGCAAGAAAGAACAACAACCAACGCAAGAUCGAGGUAAUGCAUGAUUUUCAAGGCAACCGCAGCUGUUUGUAUGGCUCCACAACAGAAACAGAUUCAGAGGCAGAAGACAAUCCAGAGCAGGUCACACGCCAUGUAAUGAAGGAGCUGAUCGCUACAGAGAGGAUCUAUGUGGACGAGCUGCUCUCUGUCCUUCUGGGCUACAGAGCAGAAAUGGAGGACCCAUCCAUGUCUAAUCUUCUUCCUUCAGCUCUGCGCAGCCAGAAGGACGUUCUGUUCGGCAACAUGCCAGAGAUUUACCAGUUCCACAGCAGGAUCUUCCUCCAGGAUCUGCAGAGUUGCCUGGAGACACCAGAGAGGGUGGGGUCUUGCUUCCUGCAACGGAAAAAGAAGUUCCAGGUGUACCAGCGUUACUGCCAAAACAAGCCACGCUCCGAGUUGCUAUGGAGACGGUGCUCUGAUUCAACCUUCUUCAAGGAGUGCCAGAAGAAGCUAGACCACAAGCUGGGUCUGGACUCUUACCUCCUGAAACCAGUCCAGCGCCUCGCCAAGUACCAGCUGCUACUCAAGGAGCUGCUGAAGCACUGCACGGAGGAUCUGUACCGCUGUGAGCUGCAGGAGGCUCUGGACUCCAUGCUGGAGCUGCUGAAGUCUGUCAACGACUCCAUGCAUCAGAUCGCCAUCACUGGAUAUCAGGCCGACCUCAGCCAGCUGGGCCGGGUGGUGCUACAGGGGGGCUUCAGCGUGUGGAUCAGCCAUAAGAGGGCGGCGGUGCGCAUGAAGGAGCUGGCCCGGUUCAAACCCAUGCAGAGACACCUCUUCCUGUACGAGCUCGCCCUGCUCUUCUGCAAGCGCCGAGACGAGGACAAUCACGACAGGACGCCCUACUACAGCUUCAAGUCCUGCCUCAGAAUGAGUGCAGUGGGAAUCACAGAAAAUGUGAAAGGAGAUGUGAAGAAAUUUGAAAUCUGGUACAGCGGCAGAGAAGUGGUGUACAUUGUCCAGGCUCCCACACUGGAGAUCAAAGUUGCCUGGCUGACGGAGAUUCGAAAAAUUCUCACCAACCAGCAGAAAAAUCGCCAAGAUGAGGCUCUUACACUUUCAGACAACCCUCUCUCUGACAGCUCCUCGACAACAAGCCACUCCCACAGGACUCGAGGGGAGGAGUCUAUUUACACAAGCCCCGCCCACUCCGAGCCAGUGGUUAAUUCACCUCGACGCACCUGGCCUGUUCCUGCUCACACCGUGGCGAUCUGUGAGGGCCUGGAGGACUGGGGGGCCGCUACAGACCUCUCCAACCUGUCGGACUCAGAUGAGGAGGAUCAGCCUUCCCCUCUGGUGGUGGGCAGGUACCGGGUCCUGGUAGAGAGCAGCAUGGCCAGCACUGAUGACAUCAUCUUCAACUGCGGUGACGUAAUCCAGCUGCUGCAUGAGGAAAUGUCGGGAAUGUGGAUGGUGAGGAAUAUAAGUCGUAAGGAAGAAGGGCGUGUUUUACCUGAGGACCUGCACAGGAUUCUGGGAGAAACCUGCUGAGUGCCAAUCAGAAUAGAGGAUAUAUGACACACACACAGAAUAACAACUUCCUGACCAGAAGGGGGCGUCCGACUCUGCGGAGAUCAUCAGAUCGAAGCACAUCAUCUGCAUUUCACUCUUCAAACUACUGUGACACUUUCACUACAGAAGGGUGUAAACUACAGAAGUGACCUCAGAAGACUGUAACAAUGCAAAGCACAUACGUGGGACAUAUAUGUAUUUAUUUUUCUGUUCAAGCUGUAGAUCAUUUGGAUUAAAACUUAGAAAUAUUCAUAUGUA